CCGCCCCGCCUCCUUCUUUCCAGGACUUCCUGCUGUGCUGCUCGCAGAACCCCGCCGCGCUGCUGCAGGGACCUGACCUAUUCGGAGCGCGCUGUUAGCCAGGGGUACCGGAAGAGGCCGGGCAGCGGGGGAGAGCUGCAGAGGGAGGCGGAGCCCGUCACGCACGCCUAGGGAGGGCAGGGGGAGAGAGGGAGGCACAGUUAAGCGAGGAGCGCGAGGAAGUGAGCUUGGGUCCGACUUGAGCUCUGGCUCAAGACCGAGACUGGUGGGCCAGGACCCCAAGCCGGCGUCACACCCCGUCUGAAGAAGACGGGCGGUCACAUGGCUUCGCCAUUCCUGCUUGCGGGAGCCACUACGGGCGACAGCGGCGGAGAGCUGAGCUCGGGGGACGACUCCGUGGAUAUGGAAUCCCUCCAGAGCCCGGAGACCGAGGCGUCCAGGAGGCUGACAGAGCUGUUUGAGAAGGCUGCCGCGCACUUCCGAGGCCUGGUUCAAGGAGCCAGCAGGGAGCAGCUCUUGUACCUGUAUGCCCGGUACAAGCAGGUCAAAGUUGGAAAUUGCAAUACUCCUAAACCAAGCUUCUUUGACUUUGAAGGAAAGCAAAAAUGGGAAGCAUGGAAAGCACUUGGUGAUUCAAGCCCCAGCCGAGCAAUGCAGGAGUAUAUUGCUGUAGUGAAAAAAUUAGAUCCAAGUUGGAAUCCUCAGUCACCAGAGAAGAAAGGAAAAGAAGCAAAUACUGGUUUUGGUGGGCCAGUUGUUAGUUCUCUGUAUCACGAAGAAAUCAUCAGGGAAGAAGACAAAAACAUAUUUGAUUACUGCAGAGAAAACAACAUUGACCAUAUAACCAAAGUCUUCAAAUCAAAAAACGUGGAUGUGAAUAUGAAAGAUGAAGAGAGGUCUUCUCUGUACAGUCAAGCGCAUCAGUUGGGACAGAAUGGCUGGAGUGGACUGGAGUUGGGUAUUUUCCUAACCCCCAGGGCAGAGCUCUACUCCAUUGGGCUUGUGAUCGAGGACAUAAGGAACUAGUCACAGUCCUGCUACAACAUAGAGCUGAUAUUAACUGUCAGCUAAGGAUAGGUAAUCAAGUCAAAUGAUAAUGAUCCACAUGGUAGCAGGUAUAUUCUGCUGACCUUUCCCUGUGGUGCAGUGAGUACUGAAGAUGGAGUCCAGAGAAGACUGCACAGAGGAGGUCAGUGCAGAAGUGGGAGCAGUUAAUCUCUCUCCUGCUCUGAUAUCCGACAGCUGGUCUCACAUGGGCCUGGUGCCAGCAGUGCCUUUACAGGCUUUGUGGCAGAGAUUAUUUAAAGGAGAUUAAUCCCUCUAAACCCCUUAUAUUUUAAUUAUUUCUGUAUGUAUUUAUAAAACCUGCAGUCUGCUUGUUUCAGGGCACAGUUGUCCAAGCCCUUGUCUUUAACCUGGUUUCCACAAUCAGACAAGUCUAUCUCUGUUACCACAAAGGAUACACCAUUGAUUUGAUUUUCCUUGUUACUGAAAUUGUUUGGGGUUUUUUUAUUCAUUUGUUUUUUGGUUGGUUUUGGUUUUUGGUUUCUGUUUGAUAUUAACAUUACUGUUUGAGAGAAUAACUAAAGUUAAUAUGACUUAUUUUAGAAUAUCUGCUAAAAUGCUGUUUUUGUAUUACAUGAUAGGAAUCUAAAGUUGUAGACUGUAGGAUGUGAAAACCUCUCGGUAUUAUUAAAAAACAAUAGAUCUUUCAGGGUAUUAUAUUUUAAAGAUUGAUUAGUGGACAUGCCUACCACGGUUUCCAGCAUUGUCAGCUAACUUUAUGCCUGACCAGGGCAUCCAGAACAAAGAUUUCUGCCUUUCCAAUUUAUGUUAUUGAGGACUAUCAAAAUUUCCUUCGAAUUUGAGUCCACACAGUAUGAAAGAACAAAAAUCCUUCAUUAAAAAAAAAAAAUAGCUAUGAACUAUUCUUUGUGGCAUUGGAGCAUCACGUCUCUAGCCACCAUGGAAGUGCUUCUGUCUUUAACAUGCAAGGAAGCAUUUCUGCCUCUUCAUGCACUCUAUUGCACCUUCUUUCCAAUAGCUAGGAAAGGAAUUCUUUGGGAAUCAUCCUCCUGAAGGUCUUCCGCCUUCUAAGGAACCUCUAAUAGGGCCUGUCUUGAUUUAGAAUGUGUUCAUGGUAUUUGUAUCUUCUAACUACUUGUUUUAGAAAGAAAACAUGUCCGAAUUAAGUACAUACAUAGAUACAUAAAUAAGAUCUGUGGGAGUAGCAUAAAGAUCUUUUACGCUCUACAUAUUUUGUGAAUGCAUUUUAAUUGGUGUUAGUUGAGCUUUUUCCUUGGUCUUUCCAAAAAAUGAAUUCUCUUUCCUGUAACUGUUAUUUUUCAAUAAUAGGUAUUAUGGAAGCAUAUAUUACCAUAAAGAAUCAGAUUGUAAUGUAAUAGUAUAAUACCGAAUAAUAUAAACAAUCUAUUUUGUAUAAUAUGUUCUCAUAUUUGAACUGAUCUAAACUUCCUAUAUGUACAAUGUUAAUUUUUAAAACCAUAAAAAUAUGCCAAAUUCUAUUAAAAGCUAGGGAAAUCCUUAGUUAGAAAUUCUUAUCUGACUUGAAGACAAUUAGAAUAUGCUUCAAAGUUUCAGGUAGAAGAAUGGCAUGCUUAGGACAGUGCUUGCAAAAGGGAUAGGAGACCAGAUAAAUUAUUAGGGAGGCUCUUGUAGGAAUUAGUGGAUUAGAAGGUUAGGACCUGGUUAAGGUCCAUUACUGUAGAGAAAGAAAGAAUCAGAUACAGUACAGAAGGAGAAUUCAAUCAACUUCACUUGAUGAAGGACAGUAUAAGAGGUAAAGAAAAGGGAUAGGUUGAAUAUGACUCCAAAGCCAUAGGCAAAAAAGUUUUCUGGUUUUGAUGUGGCUAACUUUAGGGGGCUAUCCUGAAAUUCAUUUAAAAUGUCCUAAAGAAAAAGAGAAGCCAAGAGAGAACAUUUGUACACACAGAGAUGUUUUUCCAAAAGAAUAACAGAUUCUAAGAGAAGGCUGAAUAUUUUAAAAUCUCAGAUACUGAAAAAUCUCCAUAUAAAUAUGAAGAUAUACAGAGAAACCCGUAAAACCCCAGUAGUGUUUAAGAGCAUAAGCUUUGAAGCCAGAGACUUAAGUUCUGGCUCUGCACCUUAUAAAUCCUGUGACCUCAGACAAAGUUACUUAACCUACCUAAGCUUCAGUUUCUUCAUUUGUGAAAUGAGAUAACUUAAUACCUACUUUAUGAGGUUGUUGCGUGGAUUACGUAAGAGAACACAUAAAUUGCUUAGUGCAGUAAACAGAUUUGCUACUACCAUCAUUGUUUUUACUCACAACUGACUAAAAUCAGUCUUUCUUGCUAUAUUGGCAGGCUAUAGGCAGAAAGGUAUACAAAAUGAACUAUCAUUAAAGUUGCCCACAAUACUGCAUCUUUGUCUGUUUUGCUACUCAUACAAGGCAUGUAUAUGUUUAUUAUAGAAUUCUAAUUCAUAGAUGACUUGAAGUCUUUUGUUCUUAUUUUUAAAUCAAUACCAGAAGUAAUACCUUUUUAUUUGACUCUUAGUUGUACAGCCAUACACAAAAGUUAUUAAAUUACAGUUGGGAGGUAGAGGGUAGAGUAGGGGAAUAAACUAAAGCGAACAUUUAUUGAGACUCUUAAUACAAUCAUUCAUUCCCCUUAAUAAAAUCAGUCACUUAUGCCAGAAAAACAGCUCAGAAUAGUUUUAUCUUUGAAUAUGUGGAUUUUGCUACCUCUCUUCCCAUAGGCUGUGUCCUUUUUUAUUGGGUCCCGAGAAAACAGCUUAUGUAAUAUUUCUUUUGGAUACCCAGGAAAGAAUUUAGGCAGCAGGACUAAUGUGGACAGUAAAAACUGAAGUAAAAAUCUUUCCAUGUUUUUAAAGAUUUAAAAAAUUAUUCUAAAAGAGGAUGAAAGUGUGUGGAUGGUGAUAAAAAGCCACCAUUUGAUUAUAUUUAUCGGCAAAUAGUUCUGAAGAAACUACAGUAUGAAAAACUGAAAUUGUAGCUUCAGGGGAAAUAGAGGGUUAAAUCUCUGAGCUGUAGAAGCAGAUUGUGUUUUCCUUUUGUGAUCUGGGCUGACAAGACAUCAGUAUUCUAUUCAUCUGUUGGGAAUUAGGCUGUUAAUCCAAUCAAUGACUCUUGAGUGAGCUGUGGCCUACCUCCCCCACUGGGGAACAAUCGGAUCAAACUGCAGAUUGUUUAAGAGCACAGUGCUGUCCUCAUGUCAGGUGGAAUUCUCAAACGCUCCCUGGUGAAUUGGGGAUAGGGAAAGCUGCCUUGGCCCAUUUAUCCUCCUUCUUAAAUAACCAGGUGUCUGCUUCAUCCAUAGGAAAGCAUUAGGCAAUAGUGACAACAGGAGUGCAAUAGAAAUCCAUUAACUUUAGCUCACAAAAGUGUGGGUGAAAGGAAGCAAUGCUUCCAAACACCCCACAAAACAGCUUAUAUAAAAGUUUAUUCAUAUUUUUUCCCUACUCCUCAAACCCUAAAUCAUUUUUUCUGUGGGCUUUUUUUUUGGUUGUUGCUAACAAUUCUAUAUCAGUGAAUUUUGUUAACCACCAUGAGCUCUUUCUGUGUAUUUAUACUGCCCUGCCUAUAUUUUUAUAAGUCAUCAGGGUAGAAGUAAAUUUUAAUAUAGAUUAUGGGAACACUAAUUAAAUAAAAUUUUAAUUUUAAAAUAUCUUUCUCUGAGGAAUGCUAAUUAAAUAAAAUUUUAAUUUUAAAAUAUCAUAGUCUGAGCAUACAUAAUUUUGACAUCUUUUGCAGCCUAGCAAAAUUUAAUUUCUAAUUACUGAUUUAAUAGUCCAUUAAGUACAUUUGGAAAUUAUUAUUGAACUGAUUAGAUAGAUGUUCAGGGUUGCUGUUACCUUCUAUGAAAUGCUAUCUCAAUUUUUCCUUUUAAACAGUAAGGUGAAAUGAGCUAUCAUAAAGCAAAAUAUCCAGAAUACAAAGAGGAAUUCUCAAAGAAGGUACUUACAACCCCAAUCUUAGUGAAAACAGGCUUAAAGGAUAAUUUUAUGGCUUUCUAUCUACAUUACGUAGGAGUGUUCCAAAAAGAAUUUCCUAAAUUUGCCAAUUUUAUCCAUUCGUCCUGCGUAUAUAGCACACACCUUUUAUACCCAGGACUCUUCUUAAGCAUUGGAACUGGGCUUCCCUGGUGGCGCAGUGGUUAAGAAUCCGCCUGCCAAUGCAGGGGACACGGGUUCGAGCCCUGGUCCGGG